GGGAUAAAGGGAACAGCUUCCUUGCCGCCCAAGCAGCCCUUUUUCUCCUGGUGGGGCUUUGCUCUUUCUUCUUUCUUUUCUUUUUUUUUUUUUUUUUUUUUUUCUUUUUUUUUUUUUUUUUUUUUUUUUUUUUCUGUUUUUGGAAACUCCUCGCCGGGAAAAGCAAAACCGAAAACGCUUCAUCCCCCCCUUUGCCUCGCCCCCCUGCAAAAGGCUCUCAAAGAACCACCGACAGCAACCAGAAAGCAAAAGAGGCCCCCCUUCAAAAAAGGAAAAAAAAAUUAAAAGAAGGAAAAGAAAAGAAAAAGAGAGAGCACGAGAGACAAGCUCCAUCGAUUUCAAAUCCAGGAUUUUAUCCAGUGCACUGAGGUUUUUUUUAAUUUUUCUUUCCCUUCUUACCCCCUCCUUGCUUUCACCCCCCACCCUCAACCUCCCCCUUCUCCUCCUACACACCCCUUUUUUUCCUUUUCAUUUUAUUUUGGAUCCUGCUAAAAUUAGCCGGGACUGCUCUGGGUGUUGCGUGUUAAUUUGAUUUACUCCGGGAUUCCGGCUUUCCAAGACGCCAUUUUCCCCCUUUCUCGCUCUAUCUCGUUCUAUUUAUCUACCCUUUAUCUCGAGCUAUCUCUCCGUCUGUCUGUCCCUCCAUCUCCCUCUCCUCGGUGACUUCCUCCUCCCCCUGCCCUCCUCCCUCUGCGCUCUGCGUGCGCUGCGCGGCCGGGCGCUCCCCUCAUCCCCAUCUGACAGAUGAACACCGCCAUGGGUUUGCCGCAACACAAGCAAAAGCACCUUUGGGGGCUGUGGCGAGGGAUUGAAACCGGGAUCUAAAAGAGAAGAGACAAGAAGGGGGGAAAUCCGAGGAAGGAGGAGGAGGAAGAGGAAGAAAGAAAAGGAAGCUGCUAAGAAGCCCACUCUGCCGUUUUGGGGAUAUGGUGGCAGAUUUGGUCUCUUCUGAGCAACUUGCAGCCUCUGGGUGACCGGGACAUUGAAUUUGGUGGACAGUGACCAUUCGCUCCCUGGGAUCGCAGCUGCCCCUUGCUUUCCUCACCCCGUCCCGCACUCCCCUUCCCUCCGACAGAACUCCAGGGCAUUGUGGUAUUGCUAUGGAGCCCAGGGAGACUUUGAGCAGCUCCCGGCAGAGAGGAGGCGAGGCAGACUUUCUGCCUGCUGCUGUCACCUCCACGAAGCCUCCUCCUGUUUCUGGCUGCGCAGGGGAGACGAUGCUGCCUGUGGCAGGCUCGGGGAAAGGGAUCCCGGUGAGCAGUGAGAGGCUGGAGCCAGAGGAAGAGGAUGAGCUGGGUUCCGGAAGAGACGUGGAUUCCACUUCCAACGCGGACAGCGAGAAGUGGGUGGCGGGAGAUGGCCUGGAGGAGCAGGAGUUUUCCAUCAAGGAGGCAAACUUCACGGAGGGGAGUUUAAAGCUAAAGAUCCAGACCACCAAGAGAGCGAAGAAGCCCCCAAAGAACUUGGAGAACUAUAUCUGCCCUCCUGAGAUCAAAAUCACCAUCAAGCAGUCUGGGGAGCAGAAGCUUUCCAGAACUGGGAAAAAUAGCAAAACAGCUAAAGAGGAGGACAGAUCACACUCCAAAAAGAAGGGAAAAGUCAUUGGAGAUGCAAAACUGCUUAUGAGUUGUGGUUGCAGAAAAGGGAAAAAUUCUCAAGUGAAAGACUCAGAUCAGAGUCAGAUGAAGAAUCUGGGAAGAGAGUGUGGAUUCCCUGUGCAGAGUCCAGUGACGAAAUCUGUGAACAAGGUUUAUGACAGGCCACAGAAACAUUCUGCUCUGCACUAUGAUCCGGGCCUCCAACAAGACUUCACCAGUGACACCUUAAAAUCAAAGCACCAGCAGAAAAGUAGCAACCAGCACCAUCUUGACUGGUCAGCGAGCCCCGAUACCGGAUCUGCUUCUCAGAGUUGCUUCAUCAACACAGAACCCGGCAGGGAAGCUGUUAGUGCCACCAAGGUCUCUGCUCUGGAGCCAGGAGUUCCCUUCAGCAAAUCCCAGGCCAAGAAAUCCUGCAGCAGCAGCACGUGGGGGCAGCUGUCAGUCAGUAGUAAAGAGCUUGGUAUUUGCAGUGCAGUCCCGUCGCCCAGCGGCAUCAGCGUGGCCGCCCAGCCCAGCAGCGCCUCCGACUGCAGUGGGCUUUUGCCUCUUGGGGAUCCAGAGGGAGGCGUGCAGCUGGAGGCCCCUGACCAGCCCGCUGGAAGUACGAAGAAGAAGUCCAACAAAAAGGACUUGAUAAGUCAGACCGUCCAAACCACGGACAUGGAGUGGGUGAAGAGUGCCCAGAAAGCAUUUGACAGCAAAUCCCAUGACAGCAUGGAAGGGAAAAAGGAGUCUUACUCGAUGGACAGCGUGUUGGAUACAUCACCCUCAAAGCAGAAUCCCAUUUCUGCUAGCAGCUGUGAAAGUGACACCAGUCAUGUACGAAUUACUAUCCCAAUAAAGUCUCCGACGACAGAUGCAUCUGGCCACAAAAGGAAAAAAAGGCAAUCCAUAAAAUCUUCUAUAGAGAAAACUAUCCAGGAGAAAAGCCUGUCUUCUGUACUUACUAUGAGCAGUGAAAUAGCGAGCAGGACUAGCUCUCAAUCAGAGGCGAGCAAAAAAGAUCUUCGAGCCACAAAGCCAGGGAAAGUGAUAGAAAAUGAGUCCCCCUUAGUAGCUAUCAACAGUGGUGUGCUCCCUGAUAAAGCUUCCCCCAACAGUGCCGCCAGAGUCAGAAAACCUCUAGCAGUGACAUCCACUCUCCUGCCCACCGACCUUUCCACAGCUGGCAAAUUAUCUGAAGUCCAGCACCCCAAACACGCAGCAAAGCGGCGAUGGACCUGCAGCAAACCUAAAUCUAUCCUUCGGGAGACCUCCACGACAACAUCUAAUAAGUUGAUGGUGGAGCCUCCUUCAGCCUAUCCCAUCACACCAUCCAGCCCUCUGUACACCAAUACAGACAGUCUUACUGUGAUCACACCUGUCAAGAAAAAAAGAGGACGACCAAAGAAACAGCCUCUGCUCACUGUUGAAACCAUUCACGAGGGAACCUCCACCAGCCCAGUGAGUCCAAUCAAUCGUGAAUUUCCAGGAACAAAGAAAAGGAAGAGGAGAAGGAAUCUGGCCAAGCUGGCCCAGAUGGUCCCAGGAGAGGACAAGUCCAUCAGUGAACUCAAGUUUCACAAAAAGGUCGGGAAGCUUGGGGUCUUGGAUAAGAAGACCAUCAAGACCAUUAAUAAAAUGAAAACCCUCAAGAGGAAGAAUAUUCUCAAUCAGAUCUUGUCCUCCUGCUCCAGCAGCAUAGCUCUGAAAGCAAAAGUCCAGCCACCAUCUAGUGCUGGGCCAACCACCAUUGAUGCCAGACUAGGGAAGCAGAUCAACGUUAGCAAGAGGGGGACUAUCUACAUUGGUAAAAAACGGGGCAGAAAACCAAGAACAGAGCUGCAGACUCAACAAGAAGAACCUAAGACAGCUGUCAAGCACUCAAGGCCUGUUUCCAGCCAGCCAGAAAACCCAGCAGUGCCUUCCAACCUGCAGUCACUUGCAACUAUUCAUCCACUUUCAACACAGUUAGUGGGGACUAACGGCAACCUUAGCCCUGCAAGCACUGAAACAAAUUUUUCAGAGUUAAAAACUAUGCCAAAUCUUCAACCUAUCAGUGCUCUUCCUACAAAAACCCAGAAAGGAAUGCACAGUGGAACUUGGAAGCUGUCUCCACCCAGGCUAAUGGCUAAUUCACCUUCCCACCUCUGUGAAAUAGGUUCUCUGAAAGAAGUCACGCUGUCGCCAGUGAGCGAGUCUCACAGCGAGGAAACCAUCCCGAGCGACAGUGGGAUAGGUACAGACAACAACAGCACCUCUGACCAAGCCGAGAAAAGCUCAGAAUCCCGCCGGAGAUACUCCUUUGAUUUCUGCACCCUGGACAAUCCAGAGGCUAUCCCAUCUGACACCAGCACAAAGAACAGGCAUGGUCACCGGCAGAAGCAUCUCAUUGUGGAUAACUUUCUCUCUCAUGAGAGUAUUAAAAAGCCAAAGCACAAGAGGAAAAGGAAAAGCCUGCAGAACAGAGAUGACCUCCAGUUUCUCGCAGACCUUGAGGAACUCAUCAAUAAGUUCCAAGUGUUCAGGAUUUCCCAUAGAAAUUAUACAUUUUAUCAUGAAAAUCCAUAUCCCAGCAUCUUCAGGAUUAAUUUUGAUCACUACUACCCUGUGCCAUAUAUCCAGUAUGACCCAUUGCUCUAUCUUCGCAGGACCUCUGACAUGAAGUCUAAGAAGAAGCAUGGUAGAGCUACCAAAACCAAUGACACCAUGACAAAAAUGCCUUUUUUACAAGGGUUCAGUUACCCUAUUCCCAGUGGGAGUUACUAUGCACCCUAUGGAAUGCCUUACACAUCAAUGCCUAUGAUGAAUCUUGGUUACUAUGGUCAGUAUCCAGCUCCUUUGUACCUGUCUCACACGCUCGGAGCGGCUUCCCCAUUUAUGAGACCUACCGUGCCCCCACCCCAGUUCCAUGCAAGCUCUCAUAUGAAGAUGUCCACCACUGCCAAACACAAAACAAAACACGGAGUGCACCUACAAACCCCUGUGGGAAUGGGCCUUGGAGACAUGCAGUCCCCUUUAGCUCCUCCAAAGGUCGGAGGGACGAGCCUUUCAAGUGGCCGGCUUCACAAAAGGAAACACAAACAUAAGCACAAGCAUAAGGAUGAGCGGAUAUUGGGGACACAUGAAGAUCUGAGUGGUCUCUUCGCCAGCAAGUCCACUGGCUUCUCCAGCCAUGCCAUGAAUGAAAGGCUGAGUGGCUCAGACAAAGACCUCUCCUUGCUCAACGAGAAAAGCAAGCAUAAGGAGAAGCAGAAGCACCAGCAUUGUGAAACCGGGCACAAAGGCUCAAAGAGUAACUUUGAAGUGGACACACUGUCUACGUUAUCACUUUCUGAUACCCAGCAGUGGUCACAGAGUAAAGAUAAAAACGACUCGAGCAGUGAUCCCAUUGACUCUUGCACAAAGAGAUACUCUGGUAAUACUGAGAGUAAUGGAAGGUCAGAGUCCCUGGACAUGUUUGGUGAAAUGAAUUCCUCAAGUGAGAAGCGGGACAAUGAUGCAAGUGGGAAUAAAAGAAGAAGCUUUGAAGGGUUUGGAACUUACAGGGAAAAGGACAUUCAGCCCUUCAGGACAAAUAAGAAGGACAGAAGUACUUAUGAUUCUUCAGCCUCUUCAGGUAUUGCAGGUCCCCACUUAAAAGCAGACCAGACUUCACUUCAUGGUAAAAUGGAAAGUUCUGCCUGUAACGUGAUGACCAGAAGGAAACCAGCAGCUGUUGACAGUGUUGCAAUGCCAAGUCCAGUAUUAUCUCUCCUACCUUCAUCAGCAGCAACAUCUGAAGCAGCCAGCUCACCACUGAAGAAAAGGUUCAAGCGCCGUGAAAUCGAAGCAAUCCAGUGCGAGGUGCGCAAGAUGUGCAACUACACCAAGAUCCUGUCCACGAAGAAGAACCUGGAUCAUGUGAACAAGAUCCUGAAAGCCAAGCGGCUGCAGAGACAAUCAAAGACAGGCAAUAACUUCGUCAAGAAGCGGAGGGGUCGUCCUCGGAAGCAGCCCCUUUCCUUCGACGAAGACUCCAGAGACCAAAUGCCCGUUCUGGAAAAAUGCAUUGACCUUCCCAGCAAAAGAGGUCAGAGACCAACACUCAAUCCUUUGAUAUUGGAGCAAGCAGCCACUCAAGAUACUAUCAUGGCCACCAUCGAGGCUGUCAUACACAUGGCUCGAGAGACACCACCCCUGCCGCCUCCUCUUCCUCCUCCACCCCCUCCACUCCCUCUCCCUCUACCCCGGGCGCCCCGGGUUGGGAAAAGAAAAAACAAGUCCCCGCAGGAGGAGGAGGAGGACGUGAAAGUGAAGCGGUACCGGAAGGGCAGGGGGAGCGAAAGCGAAGGCCUUCCCUAAGGCCGGGGCACCUCGUCGGACGUCGGGUGCCAGUGGCGGAGCACGCCAGGGCGGAGGGACGGGAGGUGCGCUGUCCGUUUGGCCCCUUCGGCAGCACCGGACUCACCCGUCCCUCCAGCAGCCAGAACUCACUGCAGAGAGCUCUGCCAGCCGGGGCGCGCAUCUUCCUCUUCAUCGCUUUGACCCAAGCCCACCCUCCAAGGGAAAAGGGGGAAAGGGUGCGGGGAAAGGUGGGGGAUAGAGGGGAGGGGGAUGUGUGUGAAAGCUGGUAAAAAAAAAAAAAGCAUCUACUCUGCAGAGUUUCCAAAACUAAUCUGAAUCUCAGCAUUGCUGUUCUCGUACCGUACCCGGAGGUGGGAAGUCAUCCUCGCAAGGAGCUGAACGUUGUCACUAGGGGCGGCGUGCUCGACUCUGAUUCUGUUUAGCAGGCCAGGUGAAACUAAGAGUAACUUUACCAUAGCAGAAAUCACUGUUAAAAAAAAAAUUAAAAAAAAAAAAAAAGGAAAGGAAGAAAGAAAGAAAGAAUGAAAGAAAGAAAAAACCUUACAAAAAAUAGUGUAAUUUUCUCAACUGUGAUGUGGGUUAUAAUCUGUUUGAAUUUUUUUUUUUUUCCAGUUUUUUUUACAUACCUACCAGGCUUUGGGACAGCAUAACCCAAAGUGCCUGACUCCUGCUAGAACUAUAUGUUUCUUUCUCAUUUACUUGCCUAGUUACAACUAGCUGCAAUAUAGGCAAUAGAAAAUUAGAGCCUUACACGCGUGCACACUCAUUCCGAGUGCUAUCCCAAGGACCGAUGGAAUACCACAGCAUUUAAAAUAAGGUAUACAUGGAUAUUCAGUUACGAUAGCAUGUUUAUAUGAAGCAACUUGGCAAUGGCAUGUGAAAAAGGGGUCAUCCAUCAGCCAAGUUGUUUUGAUGCUCGGUACAUAUGAGUAGAGAACAGCAAGACACUUCUGGGGAAUAGAGUUAUAGUAAACAUGAACAAAAUCACCAAAAAAAAAAGAACAAAAAAAACAAAAAAAAAAAAGAAAAAAAAAAAAAAAAAAGAACUUAAAAAAUUGAGUAAAAAGACAGGGCCCAAACCUACCCAUUUUUACCACCUGCAAUUCCCAGUGAAACUGAAGGGAAACCCAGUAUCCGAAUAAUUUGCGUUGUUUAGCAAUGCCUUGAUAUUAUCUUUUAAAAAAAUAGAUAAAGUAGAUUGUUUAAAAAAAAACUAUAGAACAGACCCUAUCAAUAAUAGGUCCUUUCUUGGCAAUUAUUUCUUAAAAAUUAAAAGGAAUAAGUGUUCUUAUCUGAAAAUAGAAAUAAAAAUGUUCAAAGGGUAUCACCACUGCAAUUGUAUUAAUGCCACUUUGGACACGUUCUCCAAGUUGUGGUUGCCUUAAUAAACUAAAAAGUAAUUUUUUUUUUUUUUUUUUUUUUUUUUUUGUACAUAAUGUAAUUAUAAACCUCUCAGUCUGCAUGGAUGCAAACUGUGUGUGACAAAUCGUCUCUUUAAAUGGUCAGUUCAAAUUGUACAUUUCUCAUUCGAGUUGUCCGUUAACCAUUGAUUUAACUUGGGUAAAAUACCCAAGCUCCAUUUCCACAGCCCAGUUAAAAUGUUUAGCUAAAACAAAGACUGAACAGGAAGCUGUUCCAUUGCAGUGUCAAUGCUUUUAAAGAAAAAAAAAAAAAGUUAAUUGUUGAAAUUUGAAAUAGGUACUUUCAACUUUGUAUCAUUUCUUUUUAAUGUCCUGCAGUACACUCAACACCUGGCAUGUGAAGAUGGAUAUUAAAAUAAGAACAGAAAGGGAAGAUUACAGCAAGGGAGUGGGGAUUGGAAUUAUUUAAUGGUUCACAAGCCAACUUGUUAUUCCCUUUCUUGAGAAAUCUUGAAUUGGUUUAUUGCCAAGGAAACUUCAUAUAGCACGACACUAAAAAAAAAAAAAAAAAAAAAAAAAAAUCAAAAAAAGAAACCAAAAAACCACAACAAAAAAAAACACACAAAAAAAACAAAAAAGAAGAAAAAAAACCAACAAACCCAACAAAAAAAGUCCCCACAAAAAAUAUUGUGUUUCUAUUCUGUUAUUUAUUUACAAAAAUCAUAUCAAGACUAUGGUGUUAGAGGAACACUGUAAACAUACAACUCGUUAUUUUUUAGAGACUGAUUUUUCUUCUGUGAUAGCACCUUAGCUUAUUAAAACUGAAUACAUUUGGGGAUAGGAUUGCGUCGGGGAGCUGGAACAGGGGAUGUAUUUUUAUUUUUUUUGUUUUUUAAGACUGGAACAAAUCUUGAGAUCCUAACUCCUUAAAACUGAUAAGAGGGAUCGCAGAAUUUUGUUUCCAAUUUUUGUUUUGCAUUGUGCAUCAUACGCAUUUGUGCUUUUUUUUUCCAAUUAAUGCAGCUUAGAAAUAAAUUGGAUGGUUGCUCGUUCUGUUACAAACAAUUUUGCUUUUCAGCUCUCUUGAAUUAGCACAGUGUUACUGACUGAAGCUGUAGACCUGCAGGAAAAAAAUGCUUAAACCUCACUGAGCUCCUCACUUCUUCCUUGAAAAGCUUUGGAUUGAGGUUUAGUUAAUUUAGAAAUAUAUUUUAAUUUUUCCAAUCUCAUUUGAGCCUCAAAGUAGGUGAAAGUGUCAGUUAAAAUGACAGAAAAAAACAUAUGUUUGGUAUUCCAGGUAGCUGAAACUAAGCCAAACAACAACUUAUCCUUAGUUUUAUCUCCAGUGAUGUCUUUAUUAGCAUUGAAGGACAUUUCAGUGUGUGGUGAGUGGAGAAAAAGGCCUGAAGGGAACAAAUUCUGUCACUGAACACCCAUCAUGGCUUCAAGAGGGGUCAGAGUGCCAAUAAGUGCUGGAUUUGGGUUGGACCUCUUUGGACGUGCUGGGAUACAACCCCCUCAGGGAAGGAUAACUGAGUGGCUGCCUCCCAUGCUCCUGAGCUUUGGGGAAAAAAAAAAUUAUACUCUUAUCUUUCCAAAAAGUGCUAUCCAAAAUGCUGCUAGAGACACAGUGUUUGAGGAGAGCAUCCACUCAGAGGGUACAGCCCCACAGACCCUCCAUUGAGGGAAAACAUGAAGAGGUCCUUUUCGUCCUACAGAAACUAAGGACAGAGUUCAAGACUUGGUAACUGCAAGCUGUCAGCUCGGGAUGGGCUCGGUCCAGGCACCCAAGGUUGGUUUUUCAUGGUAAGAAGGUGCUGGUAGAGUGUUGUGCUGCAGCAAAAGAGCCUUGGCUGUUUGUCCACAAAACACCUUUGUGCAGCCGGCCCUGUGGCUGAGAGGAAAGUUAGCUUGUUAAUGUCAUAAAGAGCAGACUGAAAACACUGUUAGAUGGCACUCAGAAUUUGUGUUCUGCAUGUUGCAUAGUCUAUAAAGAUGAUAAGCAAGUUGCUGACAGAAUAAUAUUAUAAGGCGAUGUACUACAUGCAGAUCAUAAAGGAUUUAGUUUUAGGGCUUAAGGCUAAAAUCCCACUCCUGCAGUUUAUUACCCAACAAUAUUCCAGUAAUGAGCUUUUUGAUUUUUUUUCCCCUACCACUAGGAAGAUUUACUGAGGAACUCUCUAAAUUCUCUCCACACAUUUCCGAGAACUGUAUAAAACUGGGGAGAAAACCCUUUUGCUUACUAAGACCAAAAAGACCUUUCAAACACCUCUGCUGUGUCAUAGAUUAGCACACAUCUGAGCAUGCUUCAAUAAAAACACACAAAAAAAAUCACGUGGCUUUGAGCCAUAUGAAGUGAGGCCACGGGUUUGCAUCUUCUCUGUGGGUCUUCUAUUCCUCAACCAAGUGUAAAACCAGUAAUGGGGAUAAGUGUGCGAGGAGAGAGAAAAAAAACAAAACAUGACCACUUGUGUCUCCAAGACCUUCAUGCUGCCAGUUUCUUGAGCCCUUCAAUAUCAAAUUUUACUGUGAAGCACCUUGCAUGUUUUUGGAUAACUGUCAAAAAAAAAAACCAGGGGGGGAAAAACAUAAAAAACCAUAAAUUUAUUUAAAAAAUAAGUGAGAAUAGUCGUCAGCUACUUGGGUAUCCUACAGCAUGGCCCAUGACUUUCCAGUUGUCAGCAAUGCUUUGGACCCUUCAUGUAGAAUAUUUUCCUUGUGUUUUUUUGUGUAGCAUCUGGUGCAAUGAAGUACGGGUGCAUCACUAGGGCUUCUGAGCACUACAGUAAUACACCAAAUGAACAGAAAUUGCUGUUCCAUACACAAGGAUUUUCCCAGCUCUUAUUUUCACAGGCCCUGAUUCAGGACUGCACUUAAGCCCGUUUAAGGAGCAUCCUGAAAAGUAAAAAGAACAACUUAAAAAAAAAAAAAAAAAAAAGACAGGAAAAAGGGGAAAAAAAACAAAACCAAGAUGGUUUUCUGAACUGAGAAAACAAACAUCUUACCCUUGUAAUGCCUCUUCCUUCUAUAUUAUCCAAAAACAGGGGUGCAGCAGUUCUAAGAUAAUUAGAAGCACAUUUCAACAAAAGACACAUAUUGGAGAUCUCCUUAAGAUGCCUGCCUAGGUUGUACAAAACACUACAUAGAAAAAAAAAGAAAAAGAAAAAAAUAUAAAAACAUGAAAAGAGCUGCCAAUUGGACAACAUGGGGAAGCAGUUCAAUCCCCUGUUGAUUUGUUUUACUUUUCUUUUUCUUUAUUUUUUUAAGCUAUUUCUUAAAUAAUAAAUGCACAUGAAGUGUUAAAUAUGUAUAUACUGUAUUUCAAAAAAUUAAAAAAUCAAACAAAUGGGGCACAAGAUUGUUCUAUAAGUCGUGCUGGCUAAUUUUUAGUUUGUAUUCAUAAGUGGUUUUUAAAAGCCUUUUUUAAAGUGUAAUUUGCAUGUUCUACUUUGAUUGUAUGUAAACAUAUUUUAGAGCAAAAAAAUGUAUUUGUAUUUUAUUGAAUAUAGAGGCAAGAAAAAAACUUGUACAUUGUUUGAAAUGUUCUUUUUGUAACAGUUUUUAUUCAUGAAGCAUUUUUGUACAUUUAAAAAUGGAUAUGGACUUGAUGUUCUUUGAGGCUUAGAUACAUCUGGCAUGCUUUAAUGUCAUGCUCCUUCAUGAUCUUAGAUGUUGGUUUUUAAACAUUUUUUUCUAAAACAAAGCUCAGUCUUUUCGCUACCAAAUCAGGUUAGCACAGUAUAGAGCACUUAACAAAAAAAAAAAAGAAAAAAAAAAAAGUUAAUCCUAUUCAUAUGUUAUUCAUUGUGUGAAAUUAAAGGAAUUCAAUUCAGUCUAA